AUGGUUUCCUUUUCUAGCUCUGUGAUUAAUAAGUCGGGGAAGAAGUUUGCGCCCAAGGCACCUGUUCGACGUACUGGCGCUUCUUCAGCUGGUGCUGGUUCCGGGAGAGUUAGCGCUGACAGACAGACAACUUUCCAGCCUCCUUCAUCCUCCACAGCAGUUGCUCCCGUAGCGCCAACCAAGAGUAACCCGCCUCAACAACCAACCAUCGAACCUCACCCACAACCGCCACAACAACAACAAGAAGAACAAACACAGUCACGACCGAAACCUCCAGCAGAAUCACAAGCUCAAUCACCUAAACCACAACCCGUCCGUGGACCUCAAAUCAAAUCUACAGCCAUCCCAAUCCCGGCUCCUCGAUGGAGACCAUCUGUCCCGACCAUUCAGCAGUCUCCUCCAGCACCAUCUCCAUCGCAAUCCCCAGCGCCAUCUACCUCCAAAGCAGCUCCCAGCCCUAGCAUUGCCUGUCCAGAUGCAUUAGCAGAUGCGUCACCAGCGACGGUACUGCAACAGCAACAAAAUGACAACCAAAAACCCCCUCUGACCACUGAAAGCGCUCCGAGGAGCCCCAAGCGGCUGAGGAUAGAAGAGCCUGCCGAGAAACAACCAGCACCAGCAAAACGCACCAGGAUCUCCGUGCCUGUUGCAAAACCCGUUACCAGACCUAUAUCUCCCCUGCGACAGGAACUCCCCCAGGCCACAGCAGGUAAACAGACGGAGUCAUCUGAACCUCAAGCCGGCCCUGCAGCAGCAAAAUGUAUCCCAAAAAAGGCUGCCAAACUCCCAACAAAAGAGAAACGGUCCGCUGAAAAAGUUUCAGAAGAUGACACCGCCACUGACACCCAGAGGAAGCCUCGUGCUCGCAGGAAACGCCAACCUACACCGGAAGAUGCGGAGUUAAUUGAAAUUUCGCCUACGAUCGUAAAAAUGGCAGAUUUAUGCAGGGAUCUUCGUACAGGGAAAAAAUCAAAACGGGAAAUGGAAUUACAAAAUAUGGAGUUGACAGAGCUUGCGAUAAAACAAAGGGAGCGUGAGGAGCGGAUUAGAAACGGGCAAAAAUCACCCAAAGCCGGGUCUGCUGAUAGAAGUCUUGGUGACAAUCUGGAUCGAGCUGAAGCAGCCUCCCUUGGAGGCCCACAGAUGCGCAUUGUCAAUGGAGAGAUCGUCGUUGAUGCCGCCUCUCUACAAAUCGAUCGCCACGCUAACGCCGCAAGAAACGAAGGAGACAUGGAAGAAGUUGAAGAAAACCCACUAACCAAAAGGAUCAACGCGGCCUCAUUCGGUAAGCGAACAAAGGUAGAAUCCUGGGACGAAGACAUGACCGAUCUCUUCUACCGUGGCCUGCGGAUGUUUGGGACCGAUUUCAUGAUGAUAAGCAAGAUGUUUCCGGGCCGCUCACGGCGACAGAUCAAGCUGAAAUUCUCUAAUGAGGAGCGCCGAUACCCGGAGCGCAUCAAGGAGACGCUGCUGGGACCGCGAGAACUGGUGGAUAUGGUAACGUAUUCUGAAAUGACGAACACCGUUUACGAUGAUCCGCGUGUUAUUGAGAGGGAGCUGGAUGAGGAGAAGAAGCGGAUUGAGGCCGAGCAUGCGAAGGAGAAGGAGGCGCGGGAAGAACAGAUGCGAAAUCCUGGUGGCGGGUCGAACAUAGCUGGUCCGUCUGAUUUGAAUGUGUUACCUAGUAUUGAGAAUGGCACUGAUGGGGCCAGGGAGACGAAGAGGGGCGCGCAUAAGUUUGGAGGGGGGACAGAGGAGAUUCUUGGGACGAUUGAUGAUAUUACAGUUUCUGCGUAG